AUGAGGUGUUACUACGAAGUUUUGGGAGUGGAAAGAACAGCCACUACGCAAGAAUUGAAAAAGGCUUAUAGGAAACUGGCUUUAAAAUAUCAUCCAGAUAAAAAUAUUAAUCAGGCUGAAGAAUAUACUCAACUAUUUACUGAAAUUUUACGAGCAUAUGAAGUUCUCUCCGAUCCUCAUGAACGAGCUUGGUAUUAUGUCCUUUCAUUAAUACCUUUCCUUGUUCUUCAUGUUAUAGGAGAGGACUAUGUGCACGAUUCUCUGAAUCUUAUGCAAUUCUUUAAAUCUAGUGCAUAUAAUGGCUACGGAGACGAUGAGAAGGGAUUCUAUGCAGUUUUUCAAUAUGUUUUUGAAACAAUUGCAAAGGAAGAAGAGCCAUAUAAAGAAAGUGAGGAAUCUGCUCCCAGCUUCGGAUUUUCCAACAGUGACUAUGAUGAGGUUGUUCGCGUAUUUUAUGCUUACUGGCAAAGUUAUAGCAGUGCAUUUUCUUUUGUGUGGCUGGAAGAAUACGACACUAGGCAGGCACCGAAUAGAAGAACACAACGCUUAAUGGAAAAAGAAAAUAAAAAGUUACGAGAUGCUGCUCGAAAGGAGCGC